CAUUCGUAAGUUUCAUUCAAACAAAGUUUCCUUUCAAACAGUCAACCAGGCAAGAAAAAGAAAUUUGGUGAAGUUGAAAAAUCAUAGGCAAAUAAUGCAUCUAGCAUUUAUUUUGGUCACAUCAUUUUUUCUGAUCAUUUGCGUCAAAGCACAGACCAAGGAAUCAAAUUAUCAUAUGUAUACAAAAUGUUGGCCAAAUCAGUAUCAAACAUACAGAGUUGCUCUUCAGCUUUGUGACAGAGGAUAUUGGAGGACUUAUGGUCAUCGCAAAACAAACUACAGUCAUCCAGCAGGAAAGUCUUGCAAAGAUAUUUUAACAAAAAAUACAUCAGCAAUCUCUGGAGUCUACAAGAUCCAAAUCAAAAAUAAUAAGCCGUUCACAGUAUAUUGCGACAUGGAGACACAGAGAGGAGGCUGGACACUAGUUUAUAGCUACACUUUUACAAACUACAGAAGCUUUAAGUUGUCUAGCAAUGCUGUAAUCCCUAGACCUAACUGGCCUGCUAGUAGUGCAACAGUUCCAGUUUCGAAAACUCCUCCACUAAGCAAAUCUUUAUUUGGAGCAAUAGAUUGGAAUCUUUGGAAGGAAAUUGGAAGCGAGUUCAUGGUGACGUCAAACAUUAAUCAUUGGAUUGUUUGUCAACCUGGAACUGGAAGUUUGGUGGCGAAAAAAAAUGGAGUUAUAUCAUGUCGAAAUAUAAAGAAUGUUCCUUCUGCCUGUAAAAACAGGGCUCCUUCGUCCAUCAGCUGAUUUUCAACUGGCCCCGACUUUAAAGGCAGUAGCUUGUUUUACUUUUUCGAAGGCAGCACAACCACAAAUUGGCCUACACACGAUCCAUGUUGCAGCAACCAAGGUAAUCAAAAGAAAGGUGUUUCUGAUCCUCAAGGAAACAUUUAUAUUCGAUAGAUGUAACAAACUGUAUUUAUCAUUAUUUCAAUCUCGUAAAUUUGUUUCCUGUAAGCAGUAUAAUAAACGAUAAGCGGAAACAAGUAGUCACAAAAAUCAGCAUAUCAUUAAAUGUGUAGUUUACUUUUAAAACUGAAUGAAACAUAUUCCAAGAAAGACAUCUUGCUAACUCAAGAUAUAAGUUUUGCGGAUACUCCACUUGAGAUCAUUUUCAAACUUUCAUAUAAUAAAAAUUAAUGCCCAACAUAAAGCUUUAAUUAGAGCCAUUGAGAUAAACCAAAAGUUCUAAAAAGGUUAUAAAAACAAAUUUAUUUGCAACUCA